UUUCUGGAGCCCACCCACGACCUCGCCACGUCCGACCUCGCCGCCUCCAGUCCACCCAGCAGCGUUUCUUGAGCCCACCCACCCAGCCACCGAUUGUCCGAUUCAAGUGCAUAUGGAGCCCGAGCCAUCUAUUCAGGGCUCAUGUUUGGGGGCAAUUUUGCUUAUGUUAUGAAGGACAUAAGCUUGUCAUUGAAACAACUUAUCUUAGAGAUUAUGGCAUCAAGGAUGGUGACCAGUGAUCUAUCCUAUAACUUUUUGGAAGGAGCAAUCCCAGAAAGUCGUGGAGAGUUGACAUCAUUACAGAGACUGAACCUAAAUGGGAAUAGGCUGUCUGGAAGUGUUCCAGCAAGUCUAGGAGGAAGACUAUUGCACAGAGCUAGCUUCAAUUUUACGGAUAACAGAGGACUGUGUGGUAUUCCUGGUUUACCUAGCUGUGGACGUGGUGUCUCUGGGGGUGAUAGAGCAGGCAUUGGAUUAGGUGUUAAUUUCAUGGCGGUGGCACUUGUUUUGGGGGGGGGUCAGUUUGCUGGUGGAGAAGGUGCAACAACAUUCUGAGAGCUCAAUAAAUUGCAGGAAAGUCAGCAACAUAUUAAUCCAUUCAUCUCAAUGUCUAUAUAUUCAAUUCUGAUACAUUGUUACCCUGCUAUUAAUCCAUUCAUCUCAAA